GAAACAGUUCUCCAAAUUGGUGUCUUCAUCAGACAGGAGUUUGGGACAGGUUCAUGGCAAGGUGCAACAGGAGACUGGACCUGAAGCUCAUAAGGAAGGCUAUGAAUAGAAUUGGUUUUGAAGACUCCCUCCAACUUCAACAUCUUGAUGAUUACAGCUCCAAAAAGGAAAAUCCCAACAUCCCUCUUUGGGUAACCAUCAACAGAUUACCUCUGCAUCUUCUUGAUGUUGGUGCCCUAUAUCAGCUCUUUUUCCUGCUUGGCACCCCUUUGAAGGUAGAUUCAGAUACGCUUCUUCAUCACAGAUUUGAUUCUGCCAAGGCAUGUGUCAUUGUUGAUAUCUCAGCUCCUCUUCCCUCUGGCAUCCAUGUUUCAUUAGACAAUAAGGUCAUAGUGAGAGUACCUGCAAAACCUCACCGCCGGGAAGGGCCAGGUGUCCAUGGGGGCACCCCCUGUCAGAAGGAUCAGGAGUGGCUGGUUGUUACCAAAAAGAAAAAUACAAAACCUGGAGCCUACUCUAUCCCACCAAUUCAUUAUUGGAAACCCAAACCACUUAUCAGCCAAGUCAUACCAAAAGCUAAAUAUCAAGCAGAACAAGACAAAGUACUAUCCCAGAGGGCAAAAUCAGUAACUUUGGGCCCUCUCCCAGUAACCUGCCCCCUCCUUCACAAUGGAGCCAAUCCAAUGCCAAUUGUGCAAGGCAUAGAGAGCACCUCUUCUCCCAUGGCUAUGAAGGAAUUACAGGAAGUCAGAAUAAUUUUCACCCACACCUCAGAAACAGCUGAAAAGAAAGAAAUCCAUAAACAUGAGCCACUUCCUCUGCACAACAAAUUCUCACCUCUUAGUCACCUUUGUGAAGAACAUGGUCCUCUCACUCACAGAAGUCUUGAUGACACUCAAAAAAAGGGGGACUCAAGCCGUGCCACUUCAACCAUAAUAAAUGCUAUUGGACCUGAUGAGGGUGCAUUGGAAAUUGAAGAUGAUGAGGAAGAAAUCCCUCCUCACUACCACUCAGAGGGGGAAAAGCUUCCAUCCAUUCAAGACACCUCACGUGUCACUUCUCUUCCUGUUCAGUUAGAUAGGAGAAUCAAGGCUUUGGCUCAUAACAACAUUAUCCCCUCAUAUGGUGUCCUCACUAGAAGUCAGAGCAAGAUAUAUGGAGUUCAUUCCCACCUCAUCCCUCUCUAAUGAAUUUUCUUUUCUGGAAUAUUAGAGGGAUAGCUUCUUCCCAAGCAAGACUUCUAUCCCUCAUUAAACUUCACAAAAUUUCCUUUCUUGCUAUUUUAGAACCCCUAGUUAGCAACAAAAAACUCUCCAGAUACUCUCUCUCUUAAUUUUUCCAACCACCUCUCUGCCCUGGAUAAUAAAGCCUGGAUCUUCUG